AUUAUUUGAAAUACGCAGAAUUCUAUUAAUCUAAUCAAUCUAAUGUAUAUGCCAUUUUUAUAUUUCCGAUCCAGAAUUCGCCCUGAUAGGUUAGGAAAUGUGUCAAGGCUCGUCUAGACGACAAGGCGUAAGCCGCGUAAGGCGCGGCGCAAGAGCGCGAGCACAGGCGGCAAGAGGAUUUUUCCCGAUCAUAGGAUCGUGGCGCAAGCGAAAUAACCCAGGUUAUAUUGAAACGUUUGCUGUACAUUAUCGUAUGUGCUCUGGAACUGUUCAGUUAUUUCGAGACACUUCUGGCAGAGGACGAGGAAUGUCGGCAGUGCUUUCGACAAUUUCGCAGCUUGUGCACGAUUCUUUUAGUGCCGAUGGAGGGUAUAGGGUCGGCGACAGUGUCAAAAGUAUACGAAGUAUUGUCGACCGCGACACGAACGUUGCGCGGAAGUACGGAUACGCGGGAGGUCUUCGAUCAGCACCGCGGAGAUAUUCGAGCCUGUGCUCGCUUACUGGGAAAAGCGCGUGGACACCGACAAGAGCACGCUCGAGCAUUUGCUCGACACUGGCGUCUUGCAGGAACUAAUGAAUUUGUUUGUACACAUGAACAGAGAUGAAUUUUACUCCACGCACGUGUCGGUCAAGUGAAAGUCGUGCCUGGACAAACUCUGUACAGUUAAGAGGGACUUGUACAACGCCGUGGUGAUGAAAUGCAGAUUCGUCAGUAGUAUCCGAGGAGGUGACGAAGUCGAGCUUCCGCCGCAAGGUGUAGGACUACAUGACGAAGAAUGAGCUGGUCAACUUCCCCGUCAACAUAUACAAGCGUAUACCGAACUUCAAGGGCGCCGCGGAGGUGGUGCAGUGGCUGAUCGAGUUGGACAUGUUUAAGAAGGCGAGAGUCAUCAAGAUAAAUCCAGACAAGCCGCAGGAGCCGGUGAGGUUCUCGGCCCUGGAGGCCAACAAGUUGCAUCUCUCGACUCGACGGAGUCGAACCGAGCCCUAUACAGAUUCUGAGAGCUUCAGGAAUCUUGAGAAUAUUAUCUCUUUCGUGCUGGACAGAUUGAGCGUUGUAUAUUACAGCAAUAAUUUGUAUAGGAAAGCUGCGACUGUGUGCGCAUUGAAUGCCUUGUUAACGUAUAACCAGUCAAACACAAAAGCUUUUCAUAGAUGGGUGUACAUUAAGAAAAUUACGCCCAAAGAAGUCGCAAGCUUAGCUAUGCUGGACUGCUUGACCAGUGAUGAAGAUGAGAUAAAGAGCGAACUAGGACUUUCAAUCGAUAUCUCUAAGUACGACGUUACCGCGUUGUGUCUGCGUGAAGUGAACAGUUUACUGGAGGAACAGGUCGCAGUUGCGAACGGCGUGGCAGCGGUUCUGGAAAAAUUGAGGAAGCUACAGCCGAGUGAUCAAUAUGCACACACGGUGCAGUUAUUAGGGUAUUAUUUCUUAGAUUUUAAUUUUGAAUAUCACAGAUGUACAAUGUCACAGACUAUACCAUAUGUAAUGUGUAAUGGCAUCAAUGUUCGGUUGUGAGAUAUGAAGGAUGCACUAAAAAUUAUUCGAUCGUUAAUUAUUUCAUGCAGUCUCAUUAAUUUGAAAAACGGCUUAUAUAUGGAUGUUUCAUAAAUAUUCUUAAAAAUUAAUGCUUCAUGCUGAUCAAAAUUAUUGCAUUAUUUAAUUAAAGAUUAAUUCAGAUCUUGUUUCAAUUCUUGUUCGUCUUCGGUCAAUUUAUCAUAUAACACAUGUGCGAACAAAUUUAAUAUAUCGUAAAGUGAAAAGGUAAUGCAAUAAUUUUAUUUAUUAUUUCUAAAAUUUUCAUUGCUCCGAUUUUGUCUAGUUCCGUUUCUUCAAUGCAUUGAAUUUAUUUACAUGGUCAUUAACGAUUGAAUAACCUUGAAUACAACUUUUAUAGUGCGUCAUAUAACAUAGCUUCAUUACCAGCAGUUGUGAUGACUCCUUUGGUCGUUCUUGAUCGAGAGCUUCGACCAGUGGGUGUCACAUUUAUUUAUGGGUCUCAGAUUUCAUUUAAAAAGCUCGAUAUUUUUACAUAUCGAUCUUUUUAAAUGUGUAUUAGAAUUUAUUGACAACGUGCAUUUCGAUGCACCAAACUUGCGUGUAUAAGCGUUUGCGCGUCGAAUGACGAUGUAAAUCGAGAUAAUUU